UCUUUCAUACGCGUUGUUCAGUUUCCAAUGGGUUAUAUUCAUUUCAAAUGCGAUGUUGUUUUGGUAUUCAUGUAUUUGAUUAAAUACUGUUUUAUCCUGUAUUAUUAUCACUCGCGUAUGUUGUAUACAAUGUAUACGGUUAAAAUAAAGUGAUCGUGGUUCACUGGUUUGCCAAGCUACCUAAACGUCCUAAACGUCCUAAACGACAAACGUCAUAGCUCUUAAAUCAAGAGUAUCAAGACUCUUGAGUCUUAGAUCUGAACCGUUGAGUGAUAAAUGUUAUUAUAUUAAUCAUUAUGAUUAACUAAUAACUAUUGACUUCCAGGUUUUAUGUCUUUAUGAUAAUCACACCAUAGAACGAUACCAUCGGUUUUGUGAAUUCUCCUGAAAUUUUGUAAUUAAAUUACAAAAAUGGAUUACCAAAAUCGUCCUGGCGGUAAGACUGGUGGUGGUGGUGUUGCAUCAUGGACUGAAACUAAUAAGGAUAGACGUGAACGUCUCAGACAAUUGGCUUUGGAAACUAUUGAUCUUCAAAAAGAUCCUUAUUUUAUGAAAAAUCAUUUAGGGUCCUACGAAUGUAAACUUUGUCUUACUUUACAUAAUAACGAGGGAAGUUAUUUAGCCCACACUCAAGGUAAAAAACAUCAAGCCAAUUUAGCACGUCGAGCAGCUAAGGAAGCUAAAGAUGCUCCACAACAGCCAGCUCCUGAAAAACCACGAGUAGAAACUAAAAAGUUUGUUAAAAUUGGACGACCUGGAUAUCGAGUUACAAAACAAAAAGAUCCAGAAACAGGCCAACAGAGUUUACUUUUUCAAAUUGAUUAUCCUGAAAUUACUGAUAAUGUACGUCCACGUCAUCGUUUCAUGUCAGCAUAUGAACAAAGAAUUGAGCCACCAGACAGAAAAUGGCAGUAUUUAUUGUUUGCUGCAGAACCUUACGAAACAAUUUCUUUUAAAGUACCAAGUCGUGAAGUGGAUAAAUCUGAAAUGAAAUUUUGGGCUCAUUGGAAUACUCAAGCAAAACAAUUUUAUUUACAAUUUGCAUAUAAAGUUGAACAAAUGAAACCUCCACCUCCAAUGAAACCUCCUCCACCAUCUCUUCCACCCCCACCACAACACAAUAUGAUGCAUCAACCUGGUUCUAAUAUGAUGUCUCAUAUGUUCCCUCCUCCGCCUAUGUAUAAUCCUGGACCACCUCAAAUGAUGAAUAAUAUGAUACCUCCACCUCCUCAAUUGAUGGGUUAAUAAGUUUAUGAAAGAAAUAAUUUAAUCAUUUUAAAUAUGUUUUUUACAGUCUAAAGAACUCAAUAAAUAUUUUUAUUUGCUAUUGA